CAGGCUACGCUAUCAUGAUAUCACGUCUGGCAAUGCUUCGAUGCCGAAUAACGUUUUCUUCGCUGCCCGGCCCCUACUCCUUACGCACGUCAAGUCGGACCAUCAUGGGUAAGCCGAGGGGCAAAACACAUGCCAGCAGAUCACGUGUAAGGCCCCCAACUUUUUGGAUUUCAACCCGGUGCUUCGAGUUUUUCCUUCCAUCGACGAAAUGCUCGCUGAUUUUCUCGAGGCCCACCUCCCUGCCCUUCCCCGUCAUUUGCAUUCCUAUGUACCAGGCCAGACACCGCUUUCGACUACGUCCUCAGUCCUCGCGACUUUAUUGUCGUAUCUCGUCACUAUCUUUGGUGUCCAGGCCAUGAUGAAAAACCGCCCCCCUCAGAAACUCAACACUCUUUUCCAAAUACAUAACGUUAUUCUCAGCGGCGGCAGUUUUAUUUUGCUUGUUCUCAUGGCAGAGGAGAUCUUGCCAAUUUUGUGGAACAGGGGUAUUUUCAGCGCCAUCUGUGCUGAGGAGUCGUGGACACCUCGGAUGGAAUUUUACUACAUGAUCAACUACUACUUCAAGUAUCUCGAGUUGAUUGACACGGUAUUCCUCGCGUUCAAGAAGAAACCUCUGGCGUUCUUGCAUGUUUUCCACCAUUCGGCAACGGCUCUGCUCUGCUACUCCCAGCUCAAUGGAAGAACCAGUAUUUCAUGGACUGUUAUCUCCCUGAACUUAACUGUGCACGUCUUAAUGUAUUAUUAUUAUUACGCAACUGCUGGCGGCAAGAAAAUCUGGUGGAAGAAGUACUUGACGUUGAUGCAGAUAAUUCAGUUUGUUAUUGACCUCUUUCUGGUGUACUUUGGAACAUACCAACACUUUGUCUUCGCUCGUCGUAAAGACCUUCCGCACUUCGGGAACUGUGCUGGGGCUGAAAGCGCGGCUCUUUUUGGCUGUGGACUUCUGACUAGCUAUCUCUUCCUUUUCAUCAACUUCUAUUUCCAAACGUACAAGAAGCCCGGCAAGGUAUCUAAAGGUAACGGUAUCGCUAAUGGAAACGGGAAACUGCACAAGAGCGAGUAAACCUUGCCGGACGGCAAUGGUUCGGGUCAGACAUGAUGAUGGACGAUAACGUCGGGCACCUUAAUAUUAUACCCGUGGAAGCAUUACUGUUGUCAGCAUAAUAAUAGAUUUGGCUUCCACCUCUUGAACAGCGAGCGCGAAAUAUAUGAAAUAUUAUCAAGGAGAUGUGGCGCA